GGAAAUAAACACGGACGUUAACGUUACAAGCAGGCGACGAGAGAAGAAAGACUUGUUGGUUAAUUCUGCCAACACAACUUUGAAGUAUUCCACUUAACAAGGAGAUCUAAAGAUGUCGUCAGGUGCUCUGUUUCCCAGCUUGGUGAGCGGCUCAAGAGGAAGCUCCAGCAAGUACCUGGUAGAGUUUCGUGCCGGUAAAAUGAGUUUGAAGGGGAACGUAGUGACACCGGACAAACGCAAGGGCAUGGUGUACAUCCAGCAGUCCGACGACUCCCUGAUUCACUUCUGCUGGAAGGACAGGACCAGUGGGAAUGUUGAUGAUGACCUGAUCAUCUUCCCUGAUGACUGUGAAUUCAAGAGAGUGAACCAGUGCACCACCGGACGGGUCUACGUGCUGAAGUUCAAGGCCGGAUCCAAGAGACUGUUCUUCUGGAUGCAGGAGCCAAAGACCGACAAGGAUGAGGAAUACUGUCGUAAGGUGAACGAGUACCUGAACAACCCUCCCAUUCCCGGAGCGCCAGGCAGCGGAAGCGGCAGCGGCCACGAGCUCUCUGCCCUCGGAGGAGAGGGAGGCCUGCAAAACCUGCUGGGAAACAUGAGCCACAACCAGUUGAUGCAGCUCAUCGGACCAACAGGACUGGGCGGACUGGGAGGUCUGGGAGCUCUAGCAGGACCAGGACUUGCCAACUUGCUGGGCAGCGGAGGACCAGCAACCAGCAGCUCCUCAUCCAGCUCUCGUAGCCAGUCUGCAGCAGCCACUCCUUCAUCAGGCGGAGCCCCCAGACUGAGCUCCUCUCAGGCUCCCACCACCCCCGUGACUCCCGCUGCCUCUGCUGUGUCUCCUACUACUGUUGCUCCUUCUACACCAGCUGCAGCUCAGACUCCGCUGGUCCCAGCCUCUGUUGGAAGCCCUUCAUCCCACCAGCCCAUCCAGCUCAGUGACCUUCAGAGCAUCCUCGCCACCAUGAGCGUCCCAAUGGCAGCUGCUCAGGGAUCAGCAGUGGACCUGGCGAGUGUUUGCACCCCAGAGAUGAUGGCUCCCAUCCUGGCGAACGCUGAGGUCCAGCAGAGGCUGCUGCCCUUCCUCCCCAGCGGAGAGAGUUUACCUCAGAGUGCCGAAGAGAUCCAGAACACACUCAGCUCACCUCAGUUCCAGCAGUCCAUGAGUAUGUUCAGCAGUGCCUUGGCCUCCGGGCAGCUCGGCCCUCUCAUGAGUCAGUUUGGUCUGCCAGCAGAGGCUGUGGAUGCUGCCAACAGAGGAGAUGUGGAGGCGUUUGCUAAAGCCAUGCAGGGCAGUAAAGGAGACUCCAAAGAGAAGAAGGACGACGACGAGGACAUGAGUCUGGAUUAGAGCUCUCACACACACACACACACACACACCGCCGAGCCUCUAGAUUUAAAUCUGAUUCCUUUUUCUCCUCUUUUCCUUUUUUACCUCCAUUCUCUUUAAUGUUGUCUUAAAUGUUUCUAUAACCAAAGGCAACACUCGCGCUCCCACUCAGGACGACCUCCACCACCACCACCACAGCGUCAACAGAGCUGUAAAACAGAUGAGUUAGGUCAGUUUUUUCCACUGUGACCACGUUAACUGUUAUUUUGACCUGACUUCUGUUUAUCUACAGCUCUGUUCUGCUGUCCUUUUUGUUUUAAUCAGAAAGAGAAAGAGGAGACACUGUUUGAUUUUUUUAUGAAACAAAGAGAGACUGUGUUGGGAUUGAGCCUUAAAUUUUUUUUUCUUCUUAUAUUUCAAAGCACAGACUGUCAGAGUGAGUGCUGAUACUUUCAGGCUUUUUUAUUUACUCUUGAUAAUAAAAAAAAAUCAUACUGGCAUACAAAAACAA